AUGAUCAGUGCGAACGCCUCGUCAGAACGUCCAUGGGUGACCUUGGUCAUGGAUGGAGCUACCUCUGUAAGGCAUUACGGGAUGAUGUCCCAGGCUUUGCAGGCCAAUGCUACGGCCAUUUUUGCCAAUGAUUUGCAGAGAUCUGAAGUCCGUACGCAUGCUACCAAGAUGUACCUAGACACAAUCAGGCGGCUGCAAUUGUCCUUGAGGAGUCCACGCUGGAACGAUCCUAUCGUUAUGCACACCUGCAUGAUUGUGACCCUCUUCGAGGUUAUCCAGUCCAACAAUCCCGCCGCCGCGUAUCCUCACAUCAGAGGUCUUGCUCAUCUCAUCGAGCAGAAAGGGCCUCAUACUUUCGUUUCUGGCCUCGAGCACAGGACAUUUCGAUACUACCGGAUCAAUCUUUUUCUGAUGAAUCUCCAUGACCGUCGGCCCUCGUUCCUGGCGGAGGAGAAAUGGAAGACCAUACCAUUCUCGGAAGAUUGCCAGCCCAAGACCAUACUGGAAGCACUCGUUGACAUCCUAGUGGAAAUUCCUGGAGUCCUAGCUGCUAUUGAGGCCAUGAAGACUGGACAGCUGGGGCACUAUGCGUUAGUUCAAAAGGGCCUUGAAUUGGCUUACUGGGUGAGACGCCUGGUCUACGAUCUCGAGAGUUGGAAGGAGGCCUACAUAUGGACAUAUCCGACGAUCUGCACCACGCCCCGCCUGCACAGUUUGAGCCUUUUGGAACUAUGCACACUCAGCACCGAACUGAUUCCAUAUAAACACAACCUCAGCGAAGCUCUCAAUUGCUAUGCUGCUGCACAUCUAAUCCUGGCGCGACUAGCUCACGGGAUGGCUGAGAAGAGCUGGCUUGUCGGAACUGUGCUACGCCAACCACAUUCCCUUCACGACCUCGUUGCUGCCAUCACCAUCAUCUCGGAGAGACACAUCAGUGAUGCUAAUACAGAAAUGGUCAGCAUGAUGGUCACAGGUUUCAGCCUGAGGGUAGCGCAAAGUACAGAGGAGGUGCAGGAUCCGGUCCUCUUCCAGUCUAUACAGAAAUUGCUUGCUCGCAUCAACAGAGAGAUGGGCCGCAGAUACAAUAUCAACUACUCUGUACCGAAGGAUACCCAGCGCAUAGAGGUGUGA